GGCUCAAACAAAUCAUUUAGGCCAAACAAAAUUCAAAAUUCACAUCUGAGCUGAGAGAAUUUCCGACUUUGAGUUUAGCAAAAUGCCCUUCGCCGACGAUGAAUGGCAGACGAAUGCCAGCAUUAACUACAUAAGCAGCGAAUUGGAGCGCACUCACCUGGCGCGCUCGCCGCAGCUGCUGCAGCAGCUGAACAGCCUCUCCGAGCCAUGGCAGGAGCUGGGGCAGCCGGAGUCCCUUCGGCUGAAGCAGUACUACCACGACGAGGUCUAGCACGACGCGGGCCAGCAUAUGUAUGUAGAAUGAAGCUAUUCAAAAUCAGCGGCAAAGUCAUCAGCAGCCACACCUGCCGCGUUCGCUGCGCCCACUC